GCGGUCGUUCUCCUGUGACGCAGCCUGCACUCUAUACAGAGUGUUACUACAUAAGAGAGAGAUAACCUGCUGGAGACAGUUACAGAGAGACCUCUACACACAGCAGGUAGGAGCACUGUUACUACUGUUAACCGUGUUUAUAAUCAUGUACCUGUAUCUCCUGGCUGGGCUGGUGGUUUUCUACUACUUGUACCGCUGGGUCAGGGAGCUACCGAGGGUCCCCGACAAGGGCAGCAAGUAUGUGUACAUCACCGGCUGCGACACCGGCUUUGGCAACCUCCUGGCCCGCCAUCUGGACAAAAAGGGCUUCAGAGUGAUCGCCGCGUGCUUCAGCGAGAGGGGGGAAGAGGAUCUGAAGAAGUCCUGCUCCAGCAACCUGAUCACAACACACCUAGAUGUCAGGUCCAAGGACAGCGUUGCCAAAGUUGCAGCGAUGAUCAAGGACAAAGUGGGGGGGCGCGGCUUAUGGGCCGUGGUGAACAACGCAGGCGUGGCCGUCCCCUCCGCCCCGUGCGAUUGGCUCACCAUCGACGACUUCAAGUCCAUGCUGGAUGUCAACCUGAUCGGUGUGAUCGCGGUGACCCUGAGCGUCCUGCCGCUGAUUAAGAAUGCCAGGGGUAGGGUGGUGAAUGUGGCGAGCGUGUUCGGGAGGGUGAGCGUCACGGGAGGCCCGUACUGCAUCUCAAAGUACGGCGUGGAGUCCUUCAACGACAGCCUCAGGUUAAACCUAACGCCGUUCGGUGUCAAAGUCCUCUGCAUUGAGCCGGGCUUCUUCAAAACAAAUGUGACCGACACCACCAUCCUGACCAAUAACGUCAAGAUGCUGUGGGACAAACUGCCCCAGGAUGUCAGAGACGACUACGGAACAGAAUUUCUAGACAAGUCACUGGUCAUAAUAAAAGACAAAAUUCCCGCGAUCAGUGACGGAGAUCUGAUGAAGGUGGUCAACUGUAUGGAGCACGCCGUGUCCGCCGUCCGGCCCCGCACCCGCUACUCCCCGGGCUGGGACGCCAAGCUCUUCUGGCUGCCGCUGUCCUACAUGCCAACCUUUGUCUGUGACUACAUCAUAUUGAAACAAUCGAUUCCUAUUGCCAAGCAGCAGGAAUGAAUUAUGAUGUUUUUUUAUCCAUGUGUGCACAAUCCAUCAUUGCAUUGUUUGUGUAGCUAACAUUUGGCUGGAAGGCUCUGUGACAUAAACAAUACAAUUUAGUAGGA